AAAGUCUACACGACUUUGCCUCCCUUCCUAAGUAACUGGGCUGGCGCUCUUCCCUCUAAUUACCACUUGACUUUGCAUGGUUGCUCAUCCACAGCCGUGUCUUUUCUCCAUAGAAAUGAAUUCAAUUACAUUCCAAGAGAAUACACGCAGCUGCAUAGGUUGUCUGCGUGAUUCCCUUAAGGCCAUGCUCGGGAGGUUCAAGGGCAAGGUUAUGGAGAUCGCAAAGCAGACGAAAAAAAUAGGCGAGGACGAUCCCAGAAGAAUCGUGCACGCGAUUAAGGUUGGAUUAGCUCUCACAUUUGUGUCCUUGUUCUACUACAUCAGACCUCUCUAUGAUGGUUUCGGACAAGCCGGAAUGUGGGCAAUCUUAACGGUGGUCGUCGUGUUUGAGUUUACAGUAGGUGGAACCCUAUCGAAAAGUAUAAACAGAGGAUGUGCAACAUUGAUAGCUGGUGCAUUAGGGGUUGGAGCUGAGUACUUAGCAAACCUCUGCGGGGAAGGGCAGGCCUUUGUUCUCGGGGUUCUGGUGUUUAUUCUAGCUGCAAUAGCUACGUUUACGCGAUUUUUCCCGAAGGUGAAACAGAGAUACGACUAUGGAGUGACGAUAUUCAUACUAACGUUCAGCCUAGUGGCGGUGUCGGGUUCCCAAGCCACCACCAAUUUGCAGAUAGCUUACCAAAGGUUGUCCACCAUUCUCAUCGGCGGGGCGACGUGCAUGAUAAUUUCCAUAUUCAUUUGCCCGGUUUGGGCUGGUCAGGAUCUCCAUAAUCUUAUUACUGGAAAUGUAGAAAAGCUUGCUACAUUCUUAGAAGGUUUUGGAGGUGAGCUUUUCAGUUCUCCAGGAGAUGAAAGUAGUGUGGUUCAGUGUAAAGAUGACAAGGAAAAGUCGUACCUCCAAAUAUACAAGAGUGUGCUAAACUCAAAAGCAACUGAGGAAUCUUUGGCAAAUUUUGCGUGGUGGGAGAUUGGUCAUGGUGGCUUUAAGUUCCAUCAUCCCUGGAAACAGUACUUGAAAAUUGGGGUUCUCGUCCGGGAUUGUGCUUGCCACAUUGAAGUACUUAGCAGGUGCAUAAACACAAAACCUCAGGUAGCAUCAGAAUUCCAAUUGAAAAUCCAAUCAACAUGCAAAAACAUGAGCAUUGAAUGUAGCAAAGGCCUGAAAGAACUAUCUUUUGCAGUAAAAAACAUGACAUUUCCCUCACCAGCUGCUAAAAUCCACAUUCAAAAUUCCGCAGCCACAGCCGACGGCUUUAAGAACAUAUUGGAGAACUCCUCGUUGUCCACCAAAACAGACCUCCAAGAAGUCAUGCCUGUACUCGUCACUGCAUCAAUACUCAUCGACAUCAUUAGAUGCGUAGAGGAAAUUUCAGUUUCUGUUGACGAACUUUCUCAAAAGGCACGUUUCAGAAAGCCAAUCAAAUCACUUGAAAAGCAACAGCAGUUGCUUCAUCGAGGAAUUGUGAAACCCGUUAACGAUCAUGUCGUGUUGGAGAUUAGGGAGACAGGAGGGGACUCGGUGGAUAACAAGAAGCUUCGCAGUGGAGUCGUGAAACCCGUUGAUGGUAUUAGUGGCGGCAAUGACCACAUCAAUGAUAAAGAUCAACGAGACGUUGGAGGACUCAGUACCGGAGAACAAAAAUCCUCGUCCGUCUGAGAGAGAGCAAUAGAAGAAGUGUGAUUGUAGAUAUUGCAGUAAUACAUGACAGCAUGUUGAUUAAUUGAUUAAUUCAAUGUUGUAAUGUAUUAUCCUAAAUUCUUUUAACAAUGUCACGAGAAUGUCAAUAUGAUUUGUUCCAACUGAGCCUCAUCAGCGUGAUAACAAAGCCUCGUUCCUCUUCAAACAAACUCAGUCUCCACUUCUAGUUAUUAUAUGUUUCCUCACAACUAGAAAUGACAAGUUGGUCAGGACAGCUAUAGAAUUCACCUAGCACACAGAAUAUUCCAAUUAUGUUA